CUCUGCCAAUCGCUGCCUCGGCUGUCAAUCACCGGGUCCCGGCCGGUGAUUACUUGGCGGCACCCGGUGAUCACCAAGUAUUACCGACGGGGGAGAGAACUGUAUGUAAACAAUGCAGUUCUUUCCCCUGUCAGCUCCUGUACACUGCUUUGUAUGGCUUUGCAUAGCAGAGCCAGUGGAAAGCACAUACACAGCCUCAUAGUAAAAACACACACAACACACAGUUAACCCUUUGAUCGCCCAGAUGUUAACCCCUUCCUGCCCAGUGCCAUUAGUACAGUGUCAGUGCUUUUUAUUGGCACUGAUCACUGUAUUGGUGUCACUGGGGAUGUCAGUGACACCAAGUCAGUUCCCCCCAGUGUCAGAAUGCCCACCACAGUCCCGCUAUAAGUCGCUAA